AUGGACUAUCACUACGGCUUUGAGGCCAUCGAUACAGCAGACGCCCAGCUGCUGAAAGAGGUUAUGUUUGGGGGGAAGCCUUGGAUUGUCUUGUGUAGAUGGCCGCAAAAAAGAACGAAGGUGCCAGACGCGCUAGAUAGGAGCCGCGUUGAGCUGCUGAAGAUGCUGCGCCUCGGCCGCGUAGACUGCUCAGGUAAACCCUAA